AUAGAAAACAUGUAGAAACUAUUAGCAUAAUUAUUUGUUUAUAAAUUCUAAAAUUAGUCCAAUGCAGGUGGGCUUCUGUCGAGUGGGCGUGCCCCAGCUGACAUGCAACGUGCGCUGCAUCGUAACAAGCAGCGCAGCAGCAUCAAAAGCAUGUCAUAAACUUUAUUCACAUAAACAAAACAAAUCACAAACAUAUGUUUUGAGUCAGUUAUUACAUAAUAGCUAUCUGGCGAGGCACAUGCACACAGGCAAAAGAAUGUCAGACGCGACAAGCACAAAGGAGCUCGAUUUGAGCAGUUAUGAUAUUAUUGGCUUUGAUUUGGAUGGCACACUACUGCGAUAUAAUCUGCAGGAGAUGUCCACGCUAAUAUACAAUGUGUUGAAGCAGCACAUGGUUGAGCAGAAGGGAUACUCACGUGCGCUGCUCGAUAAGCAGCUGGACAUGGACUUUCUGCAAAAGGGACUGCUGCUAGACGGACCACGUGGUAAUGUGCUUAAGCUGAGCAACACGGCGACAAUACUACGCGCAUCCCACGGCACACGGAAGCUCAGCGAUGCAGAAAUUGUGGCGACUUAUGGUCCCGAGCGCCGAUUGCAGGUGGCAAAUGAAUUUUACAAAGAUCCUCUGUCUACUUGGAAUGGUCCAGCUGCAGAGGAAAUGCGCACACUUCUGGAUUACUUCGAUAUGCCCAGCGCGCUGGUAUUUGCCCAGGCGGUAGAUGUAGUAGAUGCCGAUUCUUCUCAAGCCAACGAGUAUCACGUUUGGCAGGAUCUGCUAGAGACACUGAUGCACAACUAUAGUCGCGAUCACUUCGGCAACAACAAAAGUCUCUAUUUUAAGGCCAUGCGUGCAGAUCCGCAACGAUAUGUGCUGCGCAGUAGUUCAAAACUAGUAAAUUGGCUUCACCAGCUACGUGCCUCGGGAAAAAAGAUUUUCCUGCUAACUGGCUCCAACAUAGACUUUGCCGAGUUAACCGCUACGCAGGCGUUUGGGCCAAAUUGGCAGCAGCUGUUUGAUAUUGUGGCCACAUAUGCCAAGAAGCCAGGCUUCUUUACACAACAGCGUCCCUUCCUGCGUGUAGACAAUGUCGCCAAGUGCGAGUUGCCGAACAGCGAGCUUUCAUUGCAAGAAACUCUUGUCUGCGGUGAAGUUUACUCACAGGGCAACUGGACGCAGUUGCAUCAGUCUUUGGCAAAACAUUUGAAAAAAGAUGCUGGCAUCACACGUGGACUUUACUUUGGUGACAACAUAAUACAGGACGUCUAUACACCUGUUCAGCAUGCUGGCAUUGAAUGCUGUGCCAUUGCCGAGGAGCUACUACUGCUGGAGCAAGCAGAUUAUCCUUAUACCCACGUUCUGGGCUCUCAAUUUUGGGACUCUUACUUUUCCGUGGAUAAGCAGGCCACGCUCUGGUCGGGUUUCAUAGCAAAAUAUGCCAAGAUCUGUGUCAGUUCCAUGGACCAAAUGGCCCAGACUACGCCCACACAACAUAUUCAUUGCAGUAAUGCACAUGGCUUCUAUCCAGCGCUACCAAAACAACUCGAAGACAGCAAUCUCUUGACCAUCUAAAUUCCUUCCUGCAGUGGCUAAUAAUUAAAAAGAUUCAAAAUUUUCUCGUACAAUAAACAAACGCAUAAAUCAACGAAAACAGCUCUUAACGGUUGUCGAUCUAAUCUUAUCUAUAUAUUUACGUAUACACAAAUGUAUAACAGCAUUCCUUUAGAGUACUAUACUUGACAUUAUUUUGUGCAGAAAUAAUUUUAUAACAAAAAUACCAGAAUGUGUGAAAUAAUUGGUUGAAAUUUGAAAAUGUACUCUAUUUAAGGUAUAGUUCCUAGAUUAUAUCAACAAUAGCUCCAAUAAAAAUAAAUACAUAAA